AUGUCUACUGUUCGACCAGGAUUUCUCUCCAAAAACACAUUCGAAUUAUGUUCGGAUCUUGGUCAGCUCGAUAAAAAUAUCGAGUCGAUUAAUCCGUCGGAUUACCAAAUUGCCGGCGGUCGGCUUCUCAAAACCUUACUUGAUGAGAGUGAUUUUCCUGAACCCGUACCGAUAUUAGAUAACAAUCCAAUUUCAUUUUCGUUAUCCACUCAUCAGCACCAAUUGGUAAAAGCAGCUUGCAAAAUAAUACGCAAGACAAACCUUUACUUGCAAAACAUUGAACAGAAUUUACCGAAAAAUAUGCAAUUGGUCACUUUCAGUGUUUUAAAUCACCACGAGAGACGCUCCGAGAAUAAUGACCCGCGUCAUGAUCCCUCAGUAUUAUAUCACCGGUGGGUUAUAAGAUCAAAGUCCAGCAUCAUCGAUUUCGGAUCCGAACUUGAUCCCAAUGAGAAUUCCGUCGAGUUCUUGGAGGCUCUAUUGGAGUCGCUGGAUAGGGAUAUCACGGGUUACGUGGAAGGAACCAUUCCGAAGACAUCACUUUCUUAUGAUAUCCACACAAUCUUUCGGAUUCAGCUAUCAUAUGAACUGGGAGAAUAUUACUUCUCUAGGGACAUAGGAAAGUCCGAGUCAAAGUCACGCUGGAUAAAGUUAUUGGGAAGUUUGGAGUCAUUUCUGAAUGUGGCCAUCUUACUUUUCACAAGUACAAUAGAUAAAAAUCGACUAUCAGCCUUAAUCAAGGGAACUGGCUUCCUGACAAAAAAGUUUCCUCCAUCUAUACAGCUGGAGUACUUUUCGGACAGUCAAGAUUACGAAAGCGUUUUCAUGGUGUUGUUCAAAUCAUUUGCAAACGAUUCGACCUAUAGUAUACCACUGGCCGAUACACGUGUUCUGCUUAAUGAAGCGAUUAAACUUGGCCAAGAAUACGCGGCUGUCAAAAUUGCCUUUUACAACGCGUUCAAAUUACCGUCACAUGCAUCUGCCGGUAAUCAUGCUUUAGCCAUUAAAAAGUUUGGUACCGACGAGGAGGUUAUCAUAAAAGUUUUAGAAUUGUUGAAAGCAAAGUAUGGAAACUUUUUUGGUCAAAGUUUGAGUGAGAAUCAAAGAAAAUUUAUUUCUUUAUUUUUGCAAAAAAUUGAAAAAGAUGAGAUUUGGAGGAUUCUGAGGAAAAUUGAAGGCCUGGAAUUCGUGCAAUACCCGGUCGAGCACAUCAUUGAAAAGUUGGCUUUAUUGAAUGCGAAUUGCAAGAUCAUCAAGGCCGAAAAUGACGAAUACAAGUUAUCUAUGAAAACGUUGGUCAAAAAGGCGUGCAUGAAUUGUCAUGAUGCAAAAAUCAAAUGCACCUAUCUUCUAAAUGACGCAUUUUGUCAGCGGUGCACGUCGAUGGGUUUCGAGUGCAUACCUAAUGUACGAUCAAAAUUUUUACACAAGGGAAAGGAAAUUACGAAUGCCCAAGACAAUUUUAACGUUCCAAGUCCAAAAAAUAUUCAGCCACUCCCUCUUCCGCAAGUUACAAACCUCCCUUCAAUAUUUACCACCGUUAAUCAAAAUGCUCGAAAGGAUCGAUCGGUAAAAUGGAUCAGCUUUUCGAGCUUUAUGGGCCCACGCAAAUUUGUUAAUAGUACUGUUAAUGACGACCAAGUUCAGUGGAAGAACAUAGAGGGAUUCAUUAAAUCCUCGUUCAGCAAUGAUAGGAUAGAAGAUGAAGGAUUGGCACAUAUAGAAAGGAUGAUUCAUGAUGCACUGAAUAAUGGCGUGCUAUUAUGUUUAUCAGUCUUGGUUCCUUUUAUGAUAGUUAUACAUAGUCCCGAGAAUGAUCUUGAGGAAACUCAUCGAAGAGAGUUCGACAUAAUUCUUCGCAUGGACACCGAAGAGUUGAAGAAACUCCAAACUUCAGCACGUCGGUUAAUCAAGUCCAUGGAUUCGGCAGAGGCCAAAAACAUUGAGCUCGCACUUGAUACAUUGGCGAAGCUCAAAAAUAUAAGGUGGGCUCAUCACAUCGUUGCAAGUUUGAUUGCUGGACAUCUAUGCAACCGAAAGGCGCGUAGAGAACAAUUGUCGGAAUGGUUGAAUAUGGAGUUAAAUGAGCAAACACCAUCAAUUUAUCGGAAAAACUACACCGCCGAGGGUCAAGGCAAACAACACCAAAAUAGCAGGCAUCAAAAUAUCAAUGUAAAGUAUCGGCUUCGUUACGAUGCAAGCUGUUUACCCAUCGACGAGACCAAACAAGAAAUCGAGGUUGAAGAGUUCAAACGCGAAUUCUUACAUGAGUUGACUGAAUUAGUUGACGAGGGAAAUGAGCGCAAGAAAUAUGAUGGACAUUACUCGUCCAUAGUAUUGAUUUCGAAUUACUAUAUUCUGAUGUUCACCUUGAUAUAUGUAUUUAAGACUCAAUCCAAUUAA